ACGCGUGGGAUCCAUUGUUACCGUUGGCAUCCACCGAGUCAUUGAGUUGGUGUGUAUGCAGUGUAACUGACUGUAACUCAUCAAUUGACGCGCAAUCUUCUCUCUCUCCUCCCAAAAUUAGCGACAACCACCACACCACAUUCAUCUGAGUUAUUGAUGAGCCAUUGACAGAGAAAUAGGCGUUAAGAUUCAGUUGGAUUCUGUUUUCGUUUUCCGCAUUCAGUUAUUCACCCAAUCCCCAAUUCCCCCAUUUCCCAAUCCCUAACCAAACUCUCUCUCUCUCAUUUACUCAUUCUCACAUCCUUAUAAAAUAACCUGCAACCAACAUCCCAAUCCCAAUCCCAUUCCCUGAAUCUCCAAACAACAAAGAAGCAACAAAAAUCCCCCUGUUCAAAUUUAACACAACCCUAGAAAUCUGAAUCUCACAUUUGACUAUCUUCUUCUUCAAUUCGUCUUUCAUUUCACCUUUUCUCUCUCUCAGAGUCGUUUCAAUUCAAAUCCAGAUGGGUUUCAAAUCCCUCUUCUCCCGGAAGAAGAAAUCCAUUCCAUCAGCCACAGCCCUCCCACUCACGACCACACCCUCGCGAUCCCCAUCCUUCAGCUCGCGCGCUCAGAUCGCCGAACUCGACCAGGUCUUCAAGAAAUUCGACGUCAAUGGCGACGGCAAGAUCUCGUCUUCCGAGCUCGGAGCCAUCAUGAGCAGCCUGGGCCAGCCGGCCAACGAAGAGGAGCUCAGCCACAUGAUCUUAGAGGUCGAUUCCGACGGCGAUGGCUUCAUCGACUUCAAAGAGUUCGUCGAGCUCAACACCAACGGGGUCGACCAGGCCGAGGCGCUGGAGAAUCUGAAAGACGCUUUCUCGGUCUACGACAUUGAUGGGAAUGGGUCGAUUUCGGCCGAGGAAUUGUAUAAAGUGCUGAGGAGCUUGGGGGACGAGUGUUCGAUCGCUGAGUGCAAGAAGAUGAUCAGUGCGGUCGACAGCGAUGGCGACGGUAUGAUCAAUUUUGAGGAGUUUAAGGUCAUGAUGAUGAUGGGCUCGCGUUAUAAUGAUUCUGCUGCAGUUUGAUCAACGUCAGCCCGAAUAUUAAUUCAAUUCCACUUUCUUUUCUUUUUUUGUUGAUUCAUUCAUCUCAUUAGUUUAAGGCAUCUGUGAUCUCAUUAGUUGAAGGAUUUUUUUGAGUAAAGUAUUUCAUGAUCAUGUUGACAUUUUCAUCCUUCAUCCUUGUAUAAUAAUUCCGAUCUAAUCCAUAUUCAAAUGUUAAUACUACUUUCUAAUUUUCAUUAAUGGACUUGAAUUUGAUCUGUUGA